ACUUUUGUGGCUCGACGCACUAACGGCUUCUCAACUCGGAAUCAAUCUCGAAUAUUACAGAAUGUCGUCGAUCACCAUUUCAACCAAAUACCGGGUAACUUCUGGAAGGCACCCGUAUCAUCGUGGACAUUACAGACGUUCGUUUUAUAUUGUCAUGGACAUGUAUAUAAAUGCUGGUUAGAGUCGCUCAGACUUCAGCAAACUCCUCCAACUUCAAUCAAUAACAACCAUCAGAACACCUUCUCUCAACAUCUACUAUUUCUGCACUUAAUCAUGUCUCUAGUGCGCACAAUCUACGAUCCAUUCACCGAGUUCGACAAGCUAUUUGACGAUGCUUUCAAUGCUCGUUUCCGUCCCUCCCCUACCAUCGAGGGUAAUACUACAUUGACUCAUCGCCGUGAUCGGGCAUUCCCUAGAAUGGAUCUACACGAGAACGCCGAGACCAAGACGGUCACGGCGACAUUUGAACUUCCUGGCAUCAAACAACAGGAUGUCAAUGUCGAGGUCCAUGGAAAUCGCCUGACAAUAUCCGGAGAGUCGAAAUGCUCGGAUGAUUAUAACAAGGGCAGCUAUGUGGUGCAGGAGCGCUCUCAUGGCAAGUUCUCCAGGACCCUUCAAAUUCCUCAGGGAAUCAAGGCUGAGGAUGUCCACGCAAAGAUGGAGAAUGGAGUGCUUACUGUGUCCUUCCCGAAGGCUGGACCGGACCAGCAACCCCAGCGAAUUGCGAUCGUGUAACGCGGUUAAUCUGCUUAGCCCAACCCAUUAUCAUUUCAAAUCUGUAUCAUUAGCAUAGUACGAAGGUGGAAAAGUAAUAGCGUAUAUGUACAAUAGUGGUUACCGGGCUCACCUGAUCUUUUUUUGGAUCGAAGUAUUUCAAUCAUGAUGUGCAGCUAAGAGUGGACGCCAUAGAAAUAUAGUAAAGCGUUAUCGAGAAUUCAAUAUUCAGUGAUCGUUGUGGCGGCGCUGACAUGGACACUUGAGCUGUGUUUCAUGUAAAAGUCAGGGAUCUGUUCACUCUGAGGCUAUUCCGUUCUUCGUACCUUGCAAGUGUAACUUACAAGUAGAUGGAGUGUGGGGAUUUGUUGAUAUGACUCGGAUUACCCGACAAGGCGCGCGCUUGUAUCGAGCGGCGUUUAAACUCCGCCCGAAGCCAGG